AUGUUGAGUCUGCUGCUUCUACUGCUAUGUGGUGUUGCCUGCGGGGCAGUGGCAACUGUCUUUAGCGUGUGGUUCGCUUUCAUUAGGUUCGAUAACUUCCUUCAGCGCGUGUUGGAGCGUAAUGAGGAAGCUGCUAUCCGAGCAUUGGAGGAUACGCGUACGAGUGUGACGGUGCCGGCAUCCAAAGUGGAGGGUAUUUGUGAAAUGGCAUGUUUUGAUGGUGAUGUCGUAUGGAAGACGAUUCCUGUGCGGGCUGUGCUCUUUGGUUCUACCGUGUCCGUGUAUCGAUUAGUUACGCGGGAGAUGUCAGAUGACCUUAACAACACCGUUGUGUGUGGAGAUCAGUUGAUUGGGAAGAUAAAUACAGAUUCUGUCAUCAGUUCUGUGGUAAAGAUAUCUAAAUAUCAUCGACAUGUGAAUAUAGCGGAACGGUGUUCGCCAGUGUCGGGCCAAUGUCUUCUGCUUCGUCAUAAACCAGGCCUUCCUUUGUUUCUUGUAGAUCCAGUCGUGCAACUGAAGCAAAGACUUCGUCGGAAGCAGAGGGAGCAAACCAGCAGGGGGACAGUUCAUCAUUCACCGCUUCAAGACGAUGACGAGGAUUUCAUCAACGCGAAGGACACGCAUAGCGACCAAAGGAACAACAGCCAGAGUAAUAACUUGUCCAGUUCUGCGCUUGACUCUUCAUCUUCUGUGGAUGGUAGCGGGGAAGACUAUAGUAAGUGGACCGCGGUGCUGUUUAAGAUGUGUACGAGAAGGGAGUUGGAGCGCUGGUACAAUUUGCUCCAGGGUAAUUCUCAAUCAGAGGAGUGGCGCAAUUUCAUCAAACGGUUAACACGCGCCGAUGCUCUCAGUCUUGUAGUUGCACGUCUCUACUUUGCUAACACGGACACGAGUAGUCUACAAGAUUUGCUCACCCGAAAGAUCAGACGGAAGCUACGAAGGGUGUCGAGGAGGCUUCCUAAUCACAUGAAAGGGGAGAUUAUACUGGACCGCUUGGAGCUUGGUGAAGAGAUUCCGCUUCUUGACUCGGUAAGCGAUCCAGUUGUUUCACCCAAUGGUGAGAUAGAAUUUGACUUUUAUCUCCUGUAUCGCGGCGGCCUCCACUUCAGCCUACGGUUCAGCAUAACGUAUCGCGGCAUGCGUGUGCCAGACAUUAUUUUUAAUGUGAAGGUGCUUCAGCUGUCGAACCGUGUGCGGCUCAAUGUCGGUCCCCCUCCAUCAGCAAAGAUUUGGCUGAGCAGCCCACACACGCCGCAUCUGCAGCUGGAGUUUACGCAGGAAGUUGCCACAAAUGAUGGUUUCCUACACACCUUACUGAAGCUCCUUCCAGAUAUGAGUGCCAUCAUGACGACCAUCGUGAAGGUGAAAUUAUUUGAGGAUAUGCUGCUUCCAUCCAUGGAUGACUUCCCAUUGCCGUGCCUAAGUUACUCUCCAUCCUCUUCGGAGGCGAGUGAUGAUGGUGAAGAGGAUGUGGAUGCAAAAGUGGAGUACAGUUUUGCAUCACCAGCAGAAGAGGAGUCGUCACCACCGCCACUCCGCAGCUUUGACGCCGUGAGCAUGGGGUCAUUGAUCGAACGUCGACCACAUAGGUGA